ACCCACUACGUUAUGUGAAACUAUGGGGAAAGCAGAAAUUUGGCUAAUGAGGACAUAUUGGGAUUUUGAAUUUCCUCGUCCAUACUUACCUAAUUUUGAGUUUGUAGGAGGAUUGCAUUGUAAACCUGCCAAACCGUUACCUAAGGAAAUGGAAGAAUUUGUCCAAAGUUCAGGUGAACAUGGAGUUGUGGUGUUCUCUCUGGGGUCAAUGGUCAAAAACCUCACAGAAGAAAAAGCCAAUCUCAUUGCCUCAGCCCUCGCUCAGAUUCCACAGAAGGUCUUAUGGAGAUACAAAGGAAAGAAGCCAGCCACAUUAGGAGCCAAUACUCGGCUCUAUGACUGGAUACCCCAGAAUGAUCUUCUUGGUCAUCCCAAAGCAAAAGCUUUUAUCACUCAUGGUGGAACAAAUGGGAUCUAUGAAGGUAUUUAUCAUGGGGUCCCUAUGGUGGGAGUUCCCAUGUUUGCUGAUCAGCAUGAUAACAUUGCUCACAUGAAGGCCAAGGGAGCGGCUGUGGAGGUGAACAUAAACACAAUGACUAGUGAAGAUUUGCAUGAUGCCUUGAAAACAGUCAUUAAUGAACCUUCCUAUAAAGAGAAUGCUAUGAGGUUAUCAAGAAUUCACCAUGAUCAACCUGUAAAGCCCUUGGAUCGAGCGGUCUUUUGGAUUGAGUUUGUCAUGCGCCACAAAGGAGCCAAACACCUGCGGCCAGCUGCUCACAACCUCACCUGGGUCCAGUACCACUCUUUAGAUGUGAUUGGGUUCCUGCUGGCCUGUGUGGCAACUGCUAUAUUUUUGGUCACAAAAUGUUGCUUAUUUUCUUGUCAAAAAUUUGGUAGAACAGGAAACAAGAAAAAGAGGGAAUAGAUCAUUCUCAGGGUGGUACAGGUCUGCGUGGGCAAUCCUGUUUAGUUUAGCCACAAUGACCUUCAUGAAAACAUAUCAUCUUCAUCAUGUCUUCAAAAUUACCAUUUCUCUCCCUUAGCCUACAGAUAAAGCCUAAAAUUUGACAAUACCAUUAACUAGUGAGCAUGUCCUGUUCUUCCUUUGUCUUUUGCCAGAUGACUUUACCCUCUUCCUCUCACUUUCCUGACACAGAGACACUAAUAGUUUUAUGUAGAUUCUAUACACAAUAUUAUCAUUAUUUUUUAACCCUAAGUGGUAUGCUGACUAACAAUAUGCUAAAUCCUGAGGAACACACAAAAUGAGAGCUAAGUUUGAUGGAUGUAGGGAACAUGGAAGAAUAAAAUUCACAAAUUCACCUAGAACAUACAAAUCAGAGAAACAUCAUAGAAGAUUAGUAUGUUAUAAGAAUAGUAUUGAUUUUUUUUCUGCUUUCCCAAUGUUACUGGAGUCAGAGCAUGAAAUGAUAAUAACUGGGAUGG